CAAUACAAAAAAGUAUACAUUUUUUCCUUUCUUUGUUUCUCUUUUCAUUAUUUUUUUACAUUUCCAAUGUUCCGCUCGUUUUCAUUUGCUCGCUCGUUCAAUUCGGCAUUCGUUCGCACGCCUCAGGGCGGUCGCCCAGGAGGAAGACUGGCGUCCCGCACAUACGCACAAAAGCUUCACGCCGAUGACUCCAUUAUCGAUGCUGAAUGGAAGGGCCGCCUGUACUCAUGGAAGACAAUCGGAAUGUGCACCAUUCCUCUGAUAGCUCUUGGACUGGGCACAUGGCAGGCGCAAAGGCUCAAGUGGAAGCUCGCCCUUCUCGAUGAGGUCAACGACCGCAUGCACCGCCGGCCCGUUGCGCUGCCCCUGAAGGUGACGACAGAUGAGAUCAACCGCAACGAGUAUCGUAAGGUCAUCGUCUAUGGAGAGUUUGACCACAAAAACGAGAUGCUCAUUGGCCCGCGGUCAUACGAGACAGAGCCUGGGUUUAUUGUGAUUACGCCGUUGGUGCGCGAAGACGGCUCGCGCGUGCUGAUAAAUCGUGGGUGGAUCAAACGCGAGCUGAAGGAUCCAAAGAGCCGACCAGAGUCGCAGAGCUCUGAUCCAGUUACAGUCGUAGCAUACGUGCGCAAGGCACCCGGAAAGAACAGCUUCAUACCAGACUCUGAGCCCGAAAAGGACAUCUGGUACAGUUUGGACCUAAAGCUAAUGGCCAAGCACACGGGCUCGCAGGAGGUACUUUUGGAGGUUAUCCAGCCAGAGUCUAUGGGUACAAUCAUGUACAACCUGAAGAACGGCAUUCCUCUGGGCGUGCCGCAGCAAAUUGAUAUCAGAAACAACCAUUUGCAAUACUUGAUAACCUGGUACUCGCUGGCCGCAAUUACCGGCGGUAUGCUGUUUUUCACCCUGCGCAAACCUCAGAGCGCCAUCUCCACAAUUAAGAGACUGCGCAAGCGAGGCGGAAGCAUCCUGUAAAGGGCAUACUCGCUUUUGAGACAGCACAAGUACAAGCGAUGUAUUAGUAAGAAACAGGAUGCAUAUAACUAUCUGUAAGCGCAUGAAUAAAUAACUCAAUCUUGUAAAUAAA